UGAGCUCAGGGACUGUUCCUGUGAUUUCAGCCCAGUUUUUCAGUGAGCUCAGGGGCUGCUCCUGUGAUUUCAGCCCAGUGUCCAGCACAGGCCAUUGUUGCAUGACAUUCCUGUUGGCACAGAGUUUAUUUUUAGCCAGAGACUAUCACAAGUAUUUUUCAGCAGCACUGUCACUGCCCCUGAACAGAGGCUCAUAUUACUGCAAGAACUUUGCUGAAACAAAGAAGAUACAUUGGAAAAAUGGGGAAUUAUAAAUCCAGACCAACCCAGACCUGCACGGAUGAAUGGAAGAAGAAAGUCAGUGAAUCCUACGCCACGGUCACGGAGCGCUUGGAGGACGACCUGCAGAUCAAGGAAGAGGAGCUGGCAGAGCUAAAGCGUGUUUUCAGCUCGGAGGAAGCGUUCUGCAGAGUGAACCUGAAUUUCCGCACGCACAGCGGGCUCUCGCUGCUGCACCUGUGCUGCCUCUGCGGGGGCAACAAAUCACACAUCAGAACUCUCAUGUUGAAAGGGCUGCGCCCAUCCAGACUAACGAGAAAUGGAUUUACAGCUCUGCACUUGGCAGCUUAUAAGGGCCAGGCAGAGCUGCUGACGGCGCUGCUGCACGGUGGCGCUGACAUCCAGCAGGUUGGCUACGGGGCUCUGACCGCCCUGCACGUCGCCUCCAUGGCCGGCCACCAGCAGGCUGUGGAUAUCCUGCUGCAGCACGGGGCCUUUGUGAACGUGCAGGAUGCUGUGUUCUUCACCCCCCUGCACAUCGCUGCCUACUGUGGCCACGAGCAGGUAACGCAGCUGCUGCUGAAGUUUGGAGCUGAUGUGAAUGCGAGUGGUGAAGUUGGGGACAGGCCUCUCCAUCUGGCUGCUGCCAAAGGCUUCCUCAACAUCACAAAGCUUUUGGUGCAGGAGGGGAGCAAAGCUGAUGUGAAUGCUCAGGACAAUGAAGACCACGUUCCUCUGCACUUCUGCUCUCGGUUUGGGCACCACGACAUUGUGAAAUUCCUACUGCAGAGCAGCUUCGAGGUGCAGCCCCACGUGGUGAACAUCUAUGGAGACACACCUCUGCACCUGGCCUGCUACAAUGGGAAGUUUGAGGUUGUCAAGGAAAUAAUUCAGCACUCGGGAACAGAAAGUCUCACUAAAGAGAAUAUAUUCAGUGAAACAGCUUUCCACAGUGCUUGCACCUAUGGGAAGAACAUAGAACUUGUCAAGUUCCUCCUUGACCAGAAUGUUGUAAGCAUCAAUCAUCAGGGGAGAGAUGGGCACACAGGCUUGCACUGUGCCUGCUACCACGGCCACAUUCGCCUCGUGCAGUUCCUGCUGGACAACGGCGCUGACAUGAACCUCGUGGCUUGUGAUCCCAGCAGGUCCAGCGGAGAAAAGGAUGAGCAGACCUGUUUGAUGUGGGCUUAUGAGAAAGGCCAUGAUGCAAUUGUGACCCUCCUGAAGCAUUACAAGAGACCUCAGGAUGAAUCCCCCUGCAAUGAAUAUUCCCAGCCUGGAGGAGAUGGUUCCUACGUGUCAGUGCCAUCCCCUCUAGGGAAGAUUAAAAGCAUGACAAAAGAAAAGGCUGAUGUCCUCCUCCUCCGGGCUGGUUUGCCGUCACACUUCCACCUCCAGCUCUCUGAGAUCGAGUUCCACGAGAUUAUCGGAUCAGGGUCCUUUGGAAAAGUCUAUAAGGGCCGAUGCAGAAAUAAAAUCGUUGCCAUCAAACGUUACCGAGCCAGCACCUACUGCUCCAAGUCGGACGUGGACAUGUUCUGCCGCGAGGUUUCCAUCCUGUGCCGCCUGAACCACCCCUGUGUCAUCCAGUUCGUGGGAGCCUGCCUGGAUGACCCCAGCCAGUUUGCCAUUGUCACCCAGUACAUCUCCGGGGGAUCCCUCUUCUCCCUGCUGCACGAGCAGAAGAGAAUUCUUGAUCUGCAUUCUAAAUUAAUCAUUGCUGUAGAUGUGGCCAAGGGCAUGGAGUACCUCCACAAUCUCACACAGCCCAUCAUACAUCGGGAUUUGAACAGUCACAAUAUUCUCCUGUAUGAGGAUGGUCAUGCAGUAGUUGCUGAUUUUGGAGAGUCUCGAUUUCUGCAAUCCCUGGAUGAAGACAACAUGACAAAACAACCUGGGAACCUGCGCUGGAUGGCCCCGGAGGUGUUCACCCAGUGCACCAGGUACACCAUCAAAGCCGACGUGUUCAGCUACGCCCUGUGCCUCUGGGAGCUGCUGACGGGGGAAAUCCCAUUUGCCCACCUGAAACCAGCAGCAGCAGCAGCAGACAUGGCAUAUCACCACAUCCGCCCCCCCAUCGGUUACUCCAUCCCCAAGCCCAUCUCUGCCUUGCUGAUGAGGGGCUGGAACGCCUGUCCCGAGGGGAGACCAGAGUUUUCAGAAGUUGUCACCAAGCUGGAGGAGUGUCUGUGCAAUAUUGAGUUAAUGUCUCCAGCCUCCAGCAACAGCAGCGGGUCGCUGUCUCCCUCGUCCUCCUCGGACUGCCUGGUGGCCCGUGGUGGCCCCGGCCGCAGCCACGUGGCCGCCCUGCGCAGCCGCUUCGAGCUGGAGUAUGCCCUGAACGCCCGAGCCUGCGGGGGCUGGCACCUGGGCCCCGGGCAGCCCCCUUCUCAGGGCCUGUCUCUGGAUGACAUCAGAAGGAAUUUCCAGUAUCCCCCCGUGGACAAGAACGGGUACGUGUCUGACCCCUUGAGCACCAUGAGGUUCCACCCCUGCAGCAGCAGCUUGGAGGACAGCAGCUGAGGGAGGGAGCAUCCCCUGCCCGGCCAUCGAGCUCAGCACGGAGCCCCGAGUGCCACCCUGGGAUGGCAAAUGUCCCUGUCCUGCAUCUGCUUUGCAUCCCCUCAGCUGACCCCCCUGUGCCACCAACAGGCCCUGCAGCAGCAGCUCUGGCCGCUGGGCAUUACAAACCAGAGCACAGGCAGGGCAGCAGGAGCUGAGCUCUUCCUCUAGAAGCAAUUUCAGAGUUAAUCAUGCUGUUAUUUUCUGGGGCCUUUUUACAGCUUAACAAGAUUUAUCUGUAAUCCUGUAUGUGUGGCCAAGGUAGAGCUGCCUUCCUGGCUGAGCAGUAUCAGUAUUCAGUUUAUAUCAGUAUUUCAGGGAUCAAUAUUUCCCUUUCAUGGCAGUUUCUGGGAUGUUAUUGAGGAUGUUGUUUUUCUACAGCCACGAUCCCUGCAGCAGCCGUGCAGUGAGGCUCGAGCAGGGUGGCAGACACGAACUGUGGCUGCAUGGUGGGCUCUGACAAUGCUUCUGCCAUUACUUCAAUAGUGCUGAAGCAAUAAAAAUGGGGAAGAUUUCACUAAGCAAA